AUGAUGAAAAGAAGAGAAGAUAUUCUAGAUUCCAUCCCGCUUGAUCUCUCUCUGGAGAUAUUCUCCAGAUUGCCUUCAAAGUCCAUCGCUAGGUUUCGUAGCGUGUCGAAGCAAUGGGGUUCCAUGCUUCAUCGUCAAUAUUUCACAGAAUUGUUCUUGACAAGGUCAUGGGCUCGUCAACGUCUCUUAAUCACUCUCGAAGGAAACGGCGAGUUUAGAGUCUUCUCUUCGCCUCAGCUUCAACAUCCAUAUGGAAAGUCCUCUUUUGUAGUCGUAUCUGCCGAUUUUCAUGUCAAGUUCUCCUUGCCUGCAAAAACUUGUGGCCUUACCUCUGGUUUGAUCUGUUUCUCUUACAAUUCAAUAAACAAGGUUGAGAAUGCAUUGGUGCCUGUGAUAUUUAACCCUACAACUAGAAAGUAUGUGAGUUUACCUAAACUGACAAACAGUUCAUGGUACAAAGCGUUUAAUAUCUUCUUAGGGUUUGAUCCAAUUGACAAGCAGUUCAAGGUAUUGUUCAUGCCUUAUCCAGAAUUUGGUAAUGAAAAUAGAAUUCUGACAUUAGGAACUGGAGAAAUGAGUUGGAGAAAGGUCCAAUGUCCUUUAUCCCUUUAUCCUUUGAAUAAAUGGAUCUGCAUCAAUGGGGUUUUGUAUUACUUAGCUGAUCGCAUGUCAGAUGGUAAAUGGCCUUCUUUAAUGAUAGUUUGCUUUGAUGUUAGGUCUGAAAAAUUCAAAUUCAUCGAGGCAGAAGAAUGCUUUUAUGCUACAUUGAUAAACUAUAAAGGUAAAUUAGGUGGGAUUAGAGAGAUUUAUGAUAACGAUAGCAAUACUCUUGAGUUGCGUAUGUGGGUUCUAGAAGAUGUAGAAAAACAGGAAUGGUCGAAAUACGUCUACACUUUGCAAGAUGAUGAAUUCGUUGACCUCAGUUUUGUUACCGUCGCUGGAGUGACAGAAACAGGUGAAAUUGUGUUGUCAAUGUAUAAAUCUAAUCUGGUUUAUGUUAUCUACUUCAACCCCGAAAGGAGUACUCACCAAAGUAUUGGAAUCCAAGGUUUUGGAGACUCAGACUACAAUGAUGUGAAUCGUCAUACUGCUUCUGUCUUUGUUGACUAUGUAGAGGAUCUUAAUGUCAACGAUCUAAAGUACAUCAAGUCAAGCCAAGACUUAAAUAUUUUUGAAGAAUAA